CUUCUAAAGUAAGUUCUUAUACAACCCUUCUUAGUUCUUUCCUUCGCUCUACCAAUUCCAAAACCCCAAUGGCGAACUACGGUACGAUACCUUCCUCCGCUUCUCCUCCAUCUCUCGACUUCAUCUCCCGCGCCAAGGAGCGUGGCCGAGCUGCUCUCUCAACUCGCCGGCCAUGGAGCGAGAUGAUCAGCGCCCGGGUCUUAUCCCUUCCCCCGAGCCUCGGCGAUGUCUAUCUCCGGAUCCGCACAAACGUCACCUAUUUUUCCAUGAACUACGGCAUCGUCUUUUUAUUCGUCGUCUUUCUCAGCCUGUUGUUGCAUCCCGGUUCCCUCCUAGUCUUCUUCCUCUUGAUCGGCGCAUGGAUCUUCCUUUUCUUCCUCAGGGAUCAGCCACUUGUGAUUGGUGGUCGGGCGUUUGAUGAAUCGUUUAUUCUCAUCUGUCUAUCGGUUGUCACCAUUGUGUUGUUGUUGAUAUCCAAUUCUACCGUGGACAUUGUUGGAUCGGUGGCUACCGGGAGUGUGGUGGUUCUAGCGCACGCGGUGCUGCGGAGGACCGAUGAUCUGGCUGUGGAUGAGGAGGCGGCGGUGGCCGGUGGGUGGUAUGCGGCUGUUGGGGAGAGCAGCAGGACUUCUCCGGCAUCAUAGUUCUGGACGAUUUAGGUAUUCAUUUCAGGAUUUAUUGAAGCUUAGGUUUUGAUAUUGUUGGAUGUUUGAUUUCCAAUUUUUUACUUGUAUAGGUUUGAUUAGGAGCAUAUCCCUUUUCUUAUUUUUCAGUCAUUCACAAAUUAAUGCAGUUUUAAUGAUUUUUUGUGUGAUUUAUAUGUUACAAAUGCCUUUGAUGCGCAUCAUUCAUGUUCUUGUUUGGCAGCUCAUGUAGACCUAUUUCAACAACGUAUUUUGGAUGUUUUAAUUACUACUAUUCUACCGUUUUCA